AUGUCGCUCUCAGAGCCGCCCGAUGGACUCGACCUCACCGAUACCAAGGUCCCGUCGCUGGUGUCUGGGUUCGUCAUCACAUGGGUUCUUGGAGCAGCCACCGUUGCGCUGCGCGUUACAGCGCGGAAGCUUGUGGGAAACAAAAUUUGGUGGGAUGACUGGAUCAUAAUCGUGUCUUUGAUAUUUUCAGCAGCUUUCAUGUUCGACGUUACGUGCUACAUGACCAUAAAUGGCGGCUUUGGAAAACAUGUUGGGGCUACGCCAAACGGCCUGAGGGUCUACUUCACGGGUGUUUUCAUCGCCGAGUAUCUGUAUACGAUCACUCUUGGUGUCGACCUUUCAGUGCCUUCCAGUGUCGGCGUUCUGGCUCCGAUUCGACCCGAAUGCCAAUCUCUCACCGUCUGA